AUGCAGCGGGCUCGCGAGGCGACCCAUGCUGGGACGUGGUACUCCGACAUGAGGGACCAAGUGAGAUACCAGAUCGAUUACUGGCUCGCUGAGGUAGCGGAUGAAGACAGCCUCCGCUCAGUUCCCAUGCCAAUACGGGGGGCCCGAACGAUCAUAGCCCCGCACGCCGGCUAUGCGUACUCCGGGCGAUGUGCCGCUUAUGCCUAUAAAGCCUGGGAUUUGAAGGGCAUUGAACGGAUUUUUGUGCUCGGUCCAGCACAUCAUCAAUUCUACAGGACGCUUGCCCUCCCCGGAUUCUCCGCGUAUCAUACCCCGCUCGCCGAUGAGCCUCUCCCGCUCGAUACCGAGCUCAUUGAGGAGUUUAAAAACAGCGAAAUUGAGAUCGGGGAUCGACUUCGAAGAUUCGACACGAUGACUCCUGGUGAUGACGAAGACGAACACAGUAUCGAACUGCACCUGCCCUUCAUCCACCGUCGCUUACAACUCGAAUACCCUGGCAAGCCCCCGUCUGAAUAUCCGCCGCUGGUCCCAAUCGUGGUGGGCGCUGUUGAUGAGGAGACGGAGGAGGGGUUUGGAGCCUUUCUUGCUCCGUACCUUGCUAACCCGAGCAAUGCUUUUGUCAUCAGCUCCGAUUUCUGCCACUGGGGGUCCCGUUUUCGUUACACGUACUACGCGAGCACCGCGCCCAGUCCUGGGCCUAUAAUCCCUGUUUCUGACGAUCUUCCUUGGCCUGGUCUUGAGGAAGACGAGACGACUCGCUUGAUCGAGAGAUGUCAAGCCGGCCACGCGUUGCAGCCCUCGGAUACCCUGCUCACCAACCCACCCAUUUAUGCUAGUAUCUCAGCCCUUGACCUUGGUGCCAUGGCCGCCAUCUCCACGGGGAGCCAUGGGCAGUUCUCGAAAUUCAUCAAGGAUACCAAUAAUACCGUGUGUGGUCGCCAUCCCAUCGGCGUGGCAAUGGCUGGGAUUGACAAGUCUGGGCUGUUGGCAAAGGGGCUGGGUCGAUUUCAUUUUAUUCGGUAUGACCGCAGCUCGAAUGUGCGUCAGUUCAGGGGUGGGAACGAUACAUCUGUGAGCUACGCAUCUGCCUAUGCCGUGAUGUGA